UCAGAUGAUUGUCAUUUGGCUUUGUUGUAACUUGUGGUGUAAAAUAAAUAAAUAAAAAUUGUAUUCUGAAUCAUUAGCAGUUAAUAUCUACUGUGCGGGAUUCCCGAGGAUCUUCUCUUCAGAUCUGUCGAGAGAUGUCACCAGCCUAAAUAGGCAGGUUCCACAUCAAGUUGUAAAUCCGGCCCCGUACCGAUGCACUAGUGGUUGACGAGCGAACUAAAGCCACAGCCGCCAUGUCGUCGGUAAAGGUGGCAGUGAGGGUUCGCCCCUUCAACUCCCGGGAGAUUGCCCGGGAAUGCAAAUGCAUCAUUGAGAUGUCCGGGAACACAACAGUGAUCACAAACCCAAAGGCACCUCCUGGCAGCAAAGAUGGCGCGAAAAGCUUCAAUUUUGAUUUCUCAUACUGGUCUCAUAAUCCAAAUGAUCCAGAAUUUUCAUCCCAAGUCAUGGUGUACAAAGACAUCGGAGAAGAGAUGUUGCAACAUGCUUUCGACGGCUACAACAUAUGCAUAUUCGCGUACGGGCAGACGGGUGCGGGCAAGUCGUACACCAUGAUGGGUAGCGGCAAGGAUGGGCAAGAGGGCAUCAUCCCGCAGAUCUGCAAGGAUCUCUUCAGGCGCAUACGACAGACCACCUCAGAUGAUCUUAAAUAUUCGGUGGAAGUGUCUUACAUGGAGAUAUACUGCGAGCGAGUUCGUGAUCUCCUGAACCCCAAAAAUAAGGGGAACCUGAGGGUCCGUGAGCACCCUGCCCUCGGCCCCUACGUGGAGGACCUUAGCAAGCUCGCCGUGACGUCAUACCAGGACAUAUACGACCUCAUUGAUGAGGGAAACAAGGCCAGGACCGUGGCAGCUACCAACAUGAACGAGACCUCAUCCCGUUCACACGCUGUCUUCACCAUAUUCUUCACGCAACAGAGACAUGACCAGACCACCAACCUCAUGUCUGAGAAGGUGUCAAAAAUCUCGCUGGUGGACUUGGCAGGGUCCGAGCGAGCAGACUCGACAGGAGCUAAGGGUACCCGUCUCAAGGAGGGCGCGAAUAUCAACAAGUCUCUGACUACACUCGGAAAAGUCAUCUCGGCACUCGCUGAAAUCUCGGCGUCAAAGAGUAAGAAGUCGAAGAAAGCAGACUUCAUCCCGUACCGUGACUCGGUGCUGACGUGGCUCCUGCGUGAGAACCUCGGCGGGAACUCCAAGACCGCCAUGAUAGCUGCCAUCUCACCAGCUGAUAUUAACUUUGACGAAACUCUCAGCACAUUGAGAUACGCGGACCGUGCCAAGCAGAUUGUCUGCAAGGCGGUCGUCAAUGAGGACGCCAACGCCAAACUUAUCCGAGAGCUCAAGGAAGAAAUACUCAAACUUCGGGAACUACUCAAGGCAGAGGGCAUUGAAGUCGAAGAAGGACCAGAUGGUAAAGUCCUUUAUGAAAAGAAACAAGAGCCCAUCAGAGAAGAGAACAAUGCGUCCCCGCAACGUAAGAAGAGCGAGGCAGAGGUGCUGUCGCCGAAGUUGUCCCGAGCGGCCACGACUAUUGCCGAAGAGGCCGUCGACCAGCUGCAAGCUUCUGAGAAACUUAUUGCUGAACUAAACGAGACUUGGGAGGAAAAACUGAAGCGUACCGAACAAAUCCGGGUGCAACGUGAAGCCGUGUUCGCGGAGAUGGGACUGGCAGUGAAGGAGGGAGGCAUCACCGUCGGCAUCUACUCGCCUAAGAGGACACCGCAUCUCGUCAACCUGAACGAAGACCCCAACCUGUCCGAGUGUCUCAUCUAUUAUAUUAAGGAUGGUGUGACCCGUGUGGGUACAUCCGAAGCUAACGUCCCGCAAGACAUCCAGUUGUCCGGCUCCCACAUACUGAGCGAGCAUUGUAUCUUCGAGAACACUGACGGAGUUAUACUGCUCAUCCCACAUCGAGAUGCGCUCAUCUAUGUUAAUGGACGCGAGCUAACGGAGCCAGUGAUCCUGAAGUCCGGAUCCCGCGUGAUCCUGGGCAAGAACCACGUGUUCCGGUUCACGCACCCUGGACAGCCGCGCGAGGAUCCAGUCAACAAGGAGAACAAGGAACUCACUACCAGCUACACCGAGAGCGACUCUGGUAGUACAGACGCGGACGGUAAGAACGUGGACUGGGACUAUGCGCAGUGCGAGUUGCUGGAGAAGCAAGGCAUAGACCUGAAGGCAGAAAUGCAGAAACGUCUGCUGGCACUCGAGGAACAGUUCCGUAGAGAGAAGGAACACGCUGACCAGCAGUUUGAAGAACAGCGCAAGAACUACGAGGCCCGUAUCGACGCUCUACAGCGUCAGGUGGAGGAGCAGAGCGUCACCAUGUCCAUGUACAGCUCCUACACUCCUGAGGACUUCCAUAAUGAUGAAGAUAUAUUUGUGAACCCGUUAUUCGAGACGGAGUGCUGGUCGGCGCGCGAGGUCGGCCUGGCCGCCUGGGCAUUCCGCAAGUGGAAAUAUCAUCAGUUCACAUCCCUACGUGACGAUUUGUGGGGAAAUGCUAUCUUCCUCAAGGAAGCGAACGCGAUCUCAGUGGAGCUUCGCAAGAAAGUUCAGUUCCAGUUCACAUUGCUGACGGACACUCCGUACUCUCCCCUGCCGGCCGAGCUGGCUCCCCGCGACGAUGCCGAUGACGAGUACAGACCCUCGGCACCUACUGUUGUAGCCGUCGAGGUCACUGACACCAAGAAUGGCGCCACUCAUUAUUGGACACUUGAAAAGCUACGCCAUCGGCUGGAGCUCAUGCGACAGAUAUACAACAUGAACGAGAGCGCUUGUGCCGAGGACGAGGCGCCCCCGCUAGUGCUGGCGCCGCCGCCGCACGUCGGGGGCGCGGCCGGGGGCGCGGCCGGGGGCGUGGCCGGGGCGCCGCCCCCCGACAUACUGCACUGUAUCUCUGCGUGCGCGCAACAGACGCGCCUGUCGCUAGCCAACCUGCUGCCCUCCAGGCAACGUCUGGAGCUGAUGCGUGAGAUGUACCACAAUGAAGCCGAGCUGUCUCCGACCUCACCUGACCAUAACAUUGAGUCGGUUACCGGUGGAGACCCCUUCUACGACAGAUUCCCGUGGUUCCGUCUAGUGGGACGGAGCUUCGUAUACCUAUCGAACCUGCUGUACCCGGUUCCUCUCAUUCACAAAGUGGCCAUCGUGAAUGAGAAAGGAGACGUCAAGGGCUACCUUCGAGUGGCCGUGCAGGCUGUUAUCGACGCUGAAAAGAACAAUGCAGAAUUCGCAGCCGGCGUGAAGCAGUCUGCGAAGAUAUCGUUCGACGACGACGUGGCCCCGGCCCGUCGCACCAAGCUCUCUGCUGUCGACAAGAACAACGCGAUUAACCUCGACGAGCGCAUUAACGAUGUGCCUGAUUCCAACAUUAAAAUUGAAGAACUAGCAAUGGGUGAGUGUGACGCGGACAGUGGUCGCGGAGACAGCUCCCUGGCCUCGGAGCUGAAGGAGGAGGACCUGCCGGAGCACCUGACGCUGGGCAAGGAGUUCACCUUCCGAGUCACCGUACUGCAGGCGCACAGUGUGUCCACUGACUACGCUGAUGUGUUCUGCCAGUUCAACUUCCUACAUCGCAAUGAAGACGCAUUCUCGACAGAGCCCGUCAAAAAUGCGGGCAAGAACACACCGCUAGGAUUCUACCAUGUGCAAAAUAUCACAGUACCAGUGACUAAGUCGUUCGUGGAGUACAUAAAGACGCAGCCGAUCGUGUUCGAAGUAUUCGGACACUACCAACAACACCCGCUGCACAAGGUAAGCUCUAUUGACGCGAAGCAAGACGGCGGCGUGGGCGGCGUGGGCGGGCGCACGCCCCCGCGGCGCAUGCUGCCGCCGUCGAUCCCGAUCUCCGCGCCGGUGCGGAGCCCCAAGUGGGGCGCGGCCGCCGUGGCGGCGCCCUGCUGCAGCUCGCACCUGCACUCCAAGCACGACCUGCUCGUCUGGUUCGAGAUCUGCGAGCUCGCGCCCAACGGGGAGUACGUGCCCGCUGUGGUGGAGCACUCAGACGAGCUCCCAUGUCGCGGCCUGUUCCUGCUGCACCAGGGCAUCCAGCGCCGUAUCCGUAUCACUAUACUACACGAACCCUCGCAGGACCUGCAGUGGACUGAUGUCAGGGAACUUGUCGUCGGUCGUAUCCGCAACUCCCCCGAGGCGAAUGAAGACACGACAGAUGGCGACGAGGACGGCGCUCUGUCUCUCGGACUAUUCCCUGGAGAGAGGCCUACGCUUGAUGACAGGGCUGUAUUCAGGUUCGAAGCCGCCUGGGACAGUAGCUUGCACGGAUCUCCCCUGUUGAAUAGGGUCAGCGCAAAUGGAGAGGUCGUCUACAUCACGCUCAGCGCUUACUUGGAGGUGGAUAACUGCAGCAGGCCAGCAAUAAUCACAAAGGACCUGUCCCUGGUGGUAGUGGGGCGCGAGGCUCGCACGGGCAGGUCACUGCGACGUGCACUGUUCGGUUCCCGGGCCGCACGAGCUGACCACAUCACUGGAGUCUAUGAACUUAGUCUACACAGAGCUCUUGAGCCAGGCGUCCAACGUCGCCAGCGCCGAGUGUUGGACACGAGCGGGACGUACGUGCGCGGAGAAGAAAAUCUGCACGGCUGGAGGCCGCGCGGGGACUCACUCAUAUUCGACCAUCAGUGGGAGUUGGAGAAGAUGACCCGCCUGGAGCAAGUCGGCCGCACGCGCCACCUGCUGGCGCUGCGCGAGAGACUGCGCCACGGACACGAGAACACGGUCGCACCCAACGACUUCACUAAGACGGAGAAGGAGGUAAAUAAUAUGGCGGCUAAGGCGGCGGCAGAAUGCGCUCGCGACGAGUCCGUGUACGAGCCGUGGGACAUGUCGCCCCGGGAGAAGGAACUCGCCACUAAAUACAUUAAACUUAUACAAGGCCGGAUAGGGUCGCCCGCCAAGGAGGUGGAGACGGCGGCGUCCCCCGCGACGCCCGUGGACGAGGGCGUGUCCGCCGACAUCUCCACGCCCAGUCUGCUCUCCUCCAUACAUAGCGCCAGCAGCUUCGAACUAUGCUCACCUGAGCGUGGUUUACUGGAGAAGUCAAUGUCCGGGUGGGCGGGGGCCGGAGGACCCGGGGGCCAACUGGGAGCCCUGGGUGCUCUCGGAGCCCUGCCGGCGCCCGGAGCCCUGUACGUGCCGGACUGCGAGGAGGUGAGGGUGUCGGCCGCCGUGGCCCGGCGCGGACAUCUCAACGUACUGCAACAUGGCACGCACGGAUGGAAGAAGCGCUGGCUGGUGGUGAGACGACCAUACGUGUUUAUAUACCGCGACGAGCGCGACCCCAUCGAGCGCGCGGUCAUUAACCUCGCCAACGCACACGUCGAGUACUCGGAGGACCAGGAACAGAUGGUGCGCAUGCCCAACACGUUCAGCGUGGUCAGCAAGGAGCGCGGCUACUUGCUCCAGACCCUGGGCGACAAGGAAGUCCACGACUGGCUGUACGCCAUCAAUCCCCUGCUAGCUGGCCAGAUCAGUGCCCCGCCAGGUCCAGGUCGGCGCGGCGCGGGGACCGGGCGCCGGCGGGGGCCGCGCCCUGAGACCUCACCAUGGAGUCUAUCCUCGUUGUUUAAGUGCGUCUCCCACGCCGCACUCGCUCAUCGCGCCUUGCACGCCCAUUGAAACGGUUCGAUACUUCUAUGACUGGAAUUAAACUGCACAAAUAGGUAUUGUUAUUACAUCUUUGUAUGAAUUGUCGACUGCUAUGGCUUCCGAAUCGAUGUGAUUAUACGGCCGAAUUUAAUCAUAAAUUGUAAUCCAAAAUCUCUAAAUAUACUAGGUUUUUGACGGAAGUAAUGUCAAAAAUCGAUCACUAUUAAAAGAUUUCGGAUUGAUAUACUUUCUAACAUCUGUAGUAAGAUAAGCAACUUUAAAGUGCUUUUCAAUAAGCAAAAGUACAAUUUGUAUCUAUUAAAGUACUAUUUUAAUCACAUCGAUUCAGAAGUUUCGAUUUUUCUACAUAUCGUAUAUUGUAAUGUUAAGUCAGACUGACUACACUAGCCCCGUAACUAGUGCAGUUCAAAGAAAGUACUAAACAUGUACUUUUAGACUGAUUGUAACAAUAAUACUACAUCGUCGCAAUGUAUUGACAAUUGCGAACAAUAUAUUUACUAAGAAGAAUAUUAUACGACAUGUAGAAAAAUUGAUUGGUCUGUGGUCAAGAUAAAUGUAUGUUUACGUUAAGCUAUAUUUCUUUCUCUGUCUUACGCUUGUAAAACGCAAUUGUGUGACAGUGACAGCAAUAUCAUCAUGUGCUAGUUUAACAUAUACUUAUCUUGAUGUAAAUUGUAUGGUUGUAAAGUUUAAUUCCAACAAAAUGAGUAAAACGUCUAACGAAAAAGUUAUCUGUGACUGGUUUGGUGAGGCAUAGACAUUCUAUAGUCACUGAGCGCUCAGGAAGAGCUUUUAUUUACUGUGGUCCAUUAAUAUAUACCGAGAUAGUUUCUUCCGUAUUCAAAGUUGCCAAAAUCGAUACCAAGGUUGUAUAGUGAUGCGCCUAAUUUAACAUAGUAUCGAUAAACAACUAUUCUAAAACGGCCAUCACAAUUUUUGUAAGAUUUUACACACUUUUUAUACGUAAUAAACUAUUUCUAUAAAUUAUUAGUUUUGUUUCGUCAAUUUCGGGACCACACUAUAAUAUGCAUAGAAGUCGAAAGACAAUGCAAAUGAAUCAAUUAUUUUAGCAUAUCUAAGUUUUAUUAUAAUUAUAUCAUCAGUAUUAUAAAAGCAGCUGCAUUUAAUGCAAUAUACGAUAUAAUACGUAAAUAUAAUAUAUAUGUAUUAUAUAUUUAAUUUAUAUUCGCUAAUUGGGUACAAGAACUAGUUUUUGGCACUGACAUUGGUCUUAUAUAUUUUUGAUUAAAACAAAAAAGUGUCUUAAUAAAUUAUACAAUAAUGUAUUUGAUGUAGCUUAAUUCAUAUUUAUAUUACAAAGUAAUAUUAUACACGUGGGGAUAUUUUAUUUUAACCAAAAAUAUUCGAGUGCCAAAACUGAUAAAUUGAUGAAUUAAUUUAGAAGUUUAUAGUUUAGUGCGGGGUCGAAUGAGAGGGGACCAAACCGGUGCACUGAUUAUAACAGGAACGGGGUAAACUAUAUAUAUACUGAUAUACAUACAUACGUGCUGUGUACUGUAAGGUGAGAGCCGUUUCAAUGUCUACAAGGCCUACUACAUCUUGUUUUUAUCUGUAUGUAAUGGCAACCUUGGACCACGACAAACGAUAAUAAACUUCAAUAUGAAUAUAACAGCAUUUAUUGCAACCAAGUGUCGUGGUCCAUCGGCCAGCCCGUAGCAAAUGUUAAUGCGUAUGUCUACGUACAACUCAUGUGCAAUAAAAACAAUAAUAUGUUGCGCACAAAAUAUCGGCGAUGUGUGAUAGACUCCAUCAUGUAACAUGACUAUAUAACUAAGAAUUUAAAAGAAAAUAUUACCAUUGUACUUGUGAAAAGACAAAUUACUGAACUAUAUAAAUUUUCUUCUAAUGUUGGAUACAUUAAUAAUGUAAUUUACCUUGUAUAUACGUAUGACCCGAACGGUAGAAUAAAUUAUAUUUUGUGGCUCAAAAGGCCCGUGGUGGCGGCAGUCCGGACUCGUAUGACGUCAUACGUAAACGUUUCACAUUCUAGUAUCGAUUGUAAAUACAUUGAAUAUUUGUAGUUAAUGUAGACUAUGCAUUAUAAAUCAUUUACGCUACAGUAUGUAGUCGGUAAUAUCGUUUAACUUGAUAUUGUUUUGUGUAACGAUGUUUUCUUUCAAAAUUCUUUAUAUGGGAUGUAUAAAGUAGGUUAAUGUGAUGUUACUCAGGUGAAACGUCUCGAUUAUUUCUCGAUUACAGACGAUUCCGUUCGGAGCAUUCCGUACGUUCUAGUCAUAUACCGUGUAGGUACAUGUAUGUGAUAGAGUAGCUCGAUGCUGUGCUGCGAACAAUCACAAAUUAGUGUGUUAAUACGUGUUGUGUUCCGUUGUCCCUCCCUCCCUCCCUCCCCUGAUACGCCACGUACCGUACAGACACGACGUCGAUGUCCUAGGUAGAUAAUGAAUGUGACUGUAGUUUUAUAUGGAUGAUCCUUUAUAGCCGUUACGUUUGUCUCAACACCGUCGUAAGUCCGAGCAAUUGUUUACUCUUGUUACCGCUUUGAUAAAUGUGAAAUAAAAAUAUAAUCAUUGUCACUAUACUAUCGCUUCUAGGUGACUAUUUUUCAUUCGAAAUCGAGCAUACAUAGUUAUAUAAACAUGUAAGCUUAAGACUCGUUAGUCUUUGUAAAUAUUUUACUUCGUUUGGUACUUACAUGAGUUACAGAAAAUUAAAAAAAAAUAGCUUUCUCCUGUUAAAAGUCCAGUCACAGCAGCUUACACACGACUGUAGACAUAUUCGGCUAACCUAGAGAGUAUCCAGAUAAUAAUUUAGCGUAUAAUAAACGUAGCUAUAAGAACAAAAAAAGUAUUAAUCAAAAUUUAGACAUGCUGUGUGUUAGGUAAUAUUUCUUGAAAUUAUAACAAUAUUGUCGUCGAGAUUAUUCAUUAAUUACGUUUCAGUUUGUACAGCACAACGCCAAAUGUUGCAAAAUUAUUUUUCCUUCGCGAACCGGUUCGUGUUUGGCGAUGUGCUUUAUUUAACACGAGACGCUAUUAUUGUGUAAGGAUCUUUACAGAAUACUAUGUCCAAGUUUAUUACUUCUUCACCGAAAUUGAUAUUUGUGUAUAACUAUUGUUCAAUAGGUGUGUCUAUUGUAACGGAUGAACGAGAUCUCAAGUUGAAUGACAUGAUCGUUAUUAAUACCUUUCUUUUCUAGUCAGUUUAUUUUGUAUUUACAUUCCAAAGUUUGUAUAUUACUCGUUUCCUUUAUUUCGAAAUAAUAGGGUAAUGUAUUUUGCAUAGCAAAAUGGUGUAGUAAUGUAAUCGAAUAGAGAGCAGGAACGUACACACGGGUGUGUCGAGGCGGCUGUAACACUUUAAUUUAAAGCUUUUUUAUUACGUUGACGUUUCGUUUGCUAUUUCGCGUUUUAGUUGUUAUCGUAAUUAUAUGGAAACAAGACAUUUUAAAUUAGAGAUAUGUACAGCAGACGCUGGAUUAUAUUUUUUUAUAGAGUAUACUGUUUAAGCUAUACUGCUAUUUUUAUAGGACUAGCUGUUGUUUUGAUUACGUUUGUUUGUUUAUCGACUUAUUUAUUUGGUAUGCGUCGUUGUGCCGCGGCGGCGCGCGCGUCGCUGUGACGUCACUACCGGUGCGCACGCGCCGCCCUUGUGAUUACGAUAGUGAUUGUUGAUUGUUGGGCGAGAAUGUAUUGAGAACAAAUUAUAUAUUCUAUAUAUAAUUUAUGAAUUUCAUUCAAUUUAUGAAAAUAAGAACAAUGUAAUGAUUGGUAAUAUUACUCAUUGCUCUAAAUGUACUAUCAAAAUAUAUUAUACACAGUGUUAAAGGUCAUAAAUAAAAUGCUUUGAAAAUU